GCGCUGCGGGGGCCCCAGGGCGAGCCACGCUCCGGCCGGCCGCGGCACUCACUGGAUCUGCACUCACUUUCGGGACUUUUUCUCUCGCCGGCCGCGUCCCGGCCGCUCCGCGCGCACCAGGAGUUUCCUUGUGUGCCCGCUGCCCCGCUCCGGCCAAAGGCGACAUGGGCGUCCCCCAGGGCUCGGAGGUCGGCGGCCGGCACUGGGGGCCCGUGCUCCUCGCUCUCUUCCUGGCUGCGUCCCGAGGUCUGGUGGCCGCCUUCAAGGUUGCCACACCGUAUUCCUUGUACGUGUGUCCUGAGGGGCAGAACGUCACCCUCACCUGCAGGAUCUUGGGCCCUGUGGCCAAAGGGCACGAUGUGACCUUCUACAAGACAUGGUACCGCAGCUCACGGGGCGAGGUGCAGGCCUGCUCGGAGCGCCGGCCCAUCCGCAACCUCACGUUCCAGGACCUCCACCUGCACCAUGGCGGCCACCAGACUGCCAACACCAGCCAUGAACUGGCCCAGCGCCACGGGCUGGAGUCAGCUUUCGACCACCACGGCAACUUCUCCAUCACCAUGCGCAACCUGACCCCACAGGACGGCGGCCUCUACUGUUGCCUGGUGGUGGAGGUCAGACACCAUCACUCGGAGCACAGGGUCUACGGAGCCAUGGAUCUGCAGGUGCAGACAGGCAAAGACGCACCCUCCAAUUGCAUCGCGUACCCAUCCUCCUCCGAGGAGAGUGAAAACAUCACCGCUGCAGCCCUGGCCACAGGCGCCUGCAUCGUGGGCAUCCUCUGCCUCCCCCUCAUCCUGCUUCUGGUCUAUAAGCAGAGGCAGGCAGCCUCCAGCCGCCGUGCUCAGGAGCUGGUGCGGAUGGACAGCAGCACUCAAGGAAUCGAAAAUCCUGGCUUCGAGACCUCUCCACCCUGCCAGGGAAUACCAGAGGCCAAGUCCCGACCCCCACUGUCCUAUGUGGCCCAGCGGCAGCCUUCUGAGUCUGGGCGGCACCUGCUCUCUGAGCCCAGCACUCCCCUGUCUCCUCCAGGCCCAGGGGACGUCUUCUUCCCAUCCCUGGAUCCUGUUCCUGACUCCCCAAACUCCGAGGUCAUCUAGACCAGCUGGGGGCUGUGGGCAGCUGUGGCUGGGCCUAGGGCAGGUGCGCUUGAGCCUUGGAGUGGCCUCUGUGGUCCUGAUCCUGGUUUCCUCUCUCCUGCUCCGAGCCUUGACCCUCAACCCCUCUGGAUGCUGCAUGGGAGAAGUGAGACAAUGCUGGAUUGCUCGGCACCUGUCCCAAGAAUGCUGGGGUGCUGAGGUCCUUCCUAGAGACCUAUAUUCUCCAGCUAUGGAUGCCAAAUGACCUACUUCUUAUGAAGUAACAGAAUUUCCAGCUUCUUCUUCUUCUUCUUCUUUUUU